GCUAAUCAAAGCACUGAAGUCCGUGACACUUUAUCAAUGUUUGGCUGCGUGCCGACCAACCUUGCUGUUGUGCAGAUCCAAUCAGGCCUCCGCUGGCUGUCAUUACGUCUCGGUGACAGCAGGAUCACUCAAAAAUGCCUGUGGAGUACAUCGAUAGUAUUGACAGUUGGGGGCAUUAAAAGCUGGGAAGCAGCGGCACCCAAUCGGAGAACAGAGAGCCGACACUUCCUGCGUCCGAACCAAGGCUUUAAAGAGAACCAGGGAGAAGACAAGAGUUGGAAAGAUGUAUGGACAUGUCUGGGAUAUAGGCAAAAAUCAAUGCACUGCUUAAAGAAAAAGGAAGAAGAAAGAGAUGCAAUGUGUCUGACAGAGAGAGAGAGACGUGGACUCCACCCCUCAGGCAGUGCUCAUUUCUAUCAGUGGACACAUCACAGGCAACAAAUGAGGCCCUGUUAUAGGAUUCACCUGAAUGCUACCUCAUGCAGUACCUCCGAAAGAUUUGCUGAGGUCGAAUUCAGCAGCUGUAUCCUUAGAAGGCCACAUUCUUCAGCCGAUUACGCCAAGGCCUGUUCGGAUUGGAAGACUCCUCACAUGCAGCCGACAAAUGCAGCUUUUUUCUCCCCUGUUUUGAUGGACAGGUCUGCUGUAUCCUACGUAGCCUUGGGUAUCUAGCAGUUCAUUGUAAAUCCAAACAGGCCGGCUGCUCCAUGCUCAGAGGAAAAAGGGAAAGGGCACGGAACCGUGGUAAAUAUAUUGCAAGUGCAGUUAAAUUAAAUACAAAUAUGUGAAUAGUUUUGUGUGAAAUUAAUGAAAAUAGUUGUUUUAAAUGGAUAUUUAGUCAGAUAUGUGGCGGGUAAUGUUAGGUUUAUUGAAAGGCUUUAUCUGUCCUUUUGCAAACAGUGUUGGCUGAUAUUUACUGUAAGCAAAGAUUCCAAUAUCUGUGGACUAUAAAUCUGGUAUUUAUUAAGUUUAGUUAAAAGCCUUCAGCUGAUCCAAAAUGCUGCAGCCAUCGUUAUAAUGAAAAUUAAAAAGAGAAAUCAUCUUACUCCUAUUCUAUUCUUUCUUUAUUCUAUGUUAAAUCUAGAAUAGAAUUUUAAAUCCUCCUUCUCACUUAUAAAACUUUAACAUAUGGCCAGCUCCAACUUGGAUCAGAGAUCUGAUUGUUCCUUAUGUUGCAAACAGAGCAGUUUU